AUCACACUGUCAAUCAUGAGAUUCAUCGUCGGUUUUCUUUUCUUACUCACUGUGCUCAGCCCUGCUGAAUGUGGGAAUAUUUUAGUAUUUUGGUUUACUGAGGGCAGUCACUGGAUCAAUCUGAAGAUCGUGUUGGAAACAUUGAUUGACAGGGGACACGAUGUCACAGUGCUGGUGCUGGAUGCCUUCAUGCAUGCCAAUGAAUCGGAUCGCUUCUCCUACCAGCCCUUCAGUGUGUCCAAGUCUGCGCAGGAAUACCAACUUGUCUCCAAAGAUCAAGACUUGUUUCUUGCAUACUGUGAUGGUGCUCUAAACUCUCCAGAGUUGACGGACAAAUUGCAGCAUGGGAAGUUUAACGUCAUGCUGGCCGAUCCGAUCUUCCCAUGCGGUGAGAUUUUAGCUGAAAAGCUGGACAUUCCCUUGGUUUACACACUACGACUAUCCAUCGCUCACACAGUAGAGCGCAUGUGUGGUCAGAUACCAGCUCCACCAUCAUUUGUUCCUGGAGCCAUGAGUAAACUCACAGACAAGAUGAGCUUUACCGAGCGAAUCCUCAGACGGCCCACUUCCUAUUGUGAGAUGAUGGGUAAAGCUGAUAUCUGGUUGAUCAGAACCUACUGGGAUUUUGAGUUUCCACGGCCAUUCCUGCCCAACUUCAAAUACAUUGGAGGGCUUCACUGCACCCCUGCCAAGCCUUUACCCAAGGAUCUAGAGGAGUUUGUGCAGAGCUCAGGGAAUGAUGGGAUUGUGGUCUUCACUCUGGGGUCCACCAUGGUAAACAACAUAACCAUAGAGAGGAGCAAUACGAUCGCCUCUGCACUGGCACAGAUCCCACAGAAGGUAUUGUGGCGAUACACCGGAGACAAGCCAGAUACUCUUGGUGAAAACACCAAAAUAUAUGAAUGGAUCCCUCAGAAAGAUUUAUUGGGUCACCCCAAAACCAGAGCAUGUAUCACUCAUGGAGGCACUAAUGGCAUAUAUGAGGCCAUAUAUCAUGCUGUUCCAGUGGUCGGGAUCCCCGUGUUUGGUGACCAGCCAGAUAAUUUAGCUCAUAUGAAGGCCAAGGGCGCUGCUGUUGUCAUGGACUUAAACAGUAUGAAGAUUCAAGACGUGUUGGAUGGACUCAAUGCCGUCAUUAACAACCCCUCGUAUAAAGAGAAUGCAAUGCGUCUGUCCAGAAUUCAUCAUGACCGUCCAAUGAAGCCUUUGGAUGAGGCGGUGUUCUGGAUUGAGUUCGUCAUGUGCAAUAAAGGUGCUAAACACCUGCGUGUAGAAGCACACAACCUUACCUGGUACCAGUACCACUGUCUGGAUGUGUUCGCUUUUCUUUUCACUAUCCUGACUGUAGUCCUCUACGUCUUCUUUAAACUGAGCAAAUUCUUCAUAAUGCGUUGCUGUUUUAGAUCAAAGCAGAAAAGAAAAAGAAAAAAACAUCAAUUUUGACUGAUACAAAAAUACAGU